UGCUAUUACAGUUGCUGUGUUGACUACGUCUAUUGAAACUUCUUCUUCUUUACUACAAAUUUCCAAUACUACUACUUGAACUGAUUCACUUUUUUAUUCGCAACCACUUCUUACCUGAUUCUCCAGUGUCUAGCAAUGCCUAACAAGUUAGAAUUAACUGCCAGCGAAAUCAAGGCUAUUCAAACUUCGUGGGAACGGUUACAAUCCAGUAACAGAAAGCACAAGGACCACUUCACUUCGAGAUUGUACUCGAAUUUGGUAAGAUCCCACCCACAAUUCAAGACUAUCUUCGAUGAUUCCAGCGUCUUGAAGGAACACUCUACUUUAUUCGGCGAAAUCUUGAGUUUCAUCGUCUUGUACAAACAUGACCCUGAAAUCUUGAAUGACUUCAUGUACCAGUUUAUUCAUGAAAACCAGAGAUUUGCCAACGUUACUGUUCUUUACUUGGAGCCUAUGGGAGAAUCUUUGAUUGAUACUUUCAAGCAAUGGUUAGGUGACUCUGUUUUCACAAAUGAAUUUGAAUCUGUCUGGAUCAAGACUUACGUCUUUGUUGCAAACUCUUUGUUGCAAUACUCCGAUAGUGACGACGAAGCCAGCGAAGUGGAAAGCACCUUCAGCCCACAGCAGGCUGGAAGUGAAGCUGACGUUUCUGACAACGAAGACAUUCAGCCUUUGAAUAUCAAAAGAAACGAUCGCUCGUUGUACUCGACUCCUGAGCCUGUUUCUGAGCCUGUUUCUGAGCCUGUUGCUACUCCCGUUGUUGCACCUGUUGUUGCACCUGUUGUUGCACCUGUUACUCCAAAGACUGCCACUGAGGCUCGUGCCUCAGUUUUGGACAAGUCUAACUCUAUCCAAUUCACAUUGGGUGGCAACGACAAGUACAGAGGCUUCAGAAGAUCGGUUCAUGAUAACAUUCCCAAGAAUGAACCAAUUUCUGUCAAGAUUCCACAGUCCAGCAACUUUCUGAAAACGCAUUCCCAUAUUCCUACUUCUAACAUUUCCUCUUCGUUGAAGUCUGUCUUGGAAUCGUCUCCUACUUCCUCUAACUCAUCUAUAACUUCAGCUCCUACAUUCGAUCCAAGAAGGCAAAGAAGAUCUCGUUCUGUUGUGAGUUCUUCUGCAUCUUCAAUCAACGAAGAAUUUACUUCUGCACCUGAAUCAUUUGAACAACCUAUCAUAACUCCUCGUUCUGCCAGAAGAAAUUCUAAUGCUUCUGAAAAGCCACUUCCAGCUGCACCUGUACAACAAAAGAAGACUUUGCCAUAUCAACCUUCUUUACUCAGAAAAUUGGAACAGAGACAAGCUUCCCCAUCUUCAGAAGAAUACUCUGAUGAAGAAGUUGAAGUUAAGUCGAGGUUUGACCCAAGAAAAUCUAGGGGCCACAAGAGAACAAACUCGAUACACAUUCCAUCCCCAGAAUCUUCUGAAGUGGACGAAACUGACGAGACUGAACUUUUCAAUCCAUACAGAAGCACUUUUGCCGAGGAAUUUGACGAAGAAAAACAAAUUGACAUCGACCCACAAAUGCCAUCUGCGUCAUCUUCUAUUCCCGAGAGAUCUUUGUCUAGAGGAGGAUUGACUGGUGGUACUUUUGACUACAAUAGUUUUGGACUUAAGGGUUUAGCUCCUAUUGUCGAAAAUGAAAUUGAUGAUGGUGCUUCUUCUAAGUACAACAGUGAUGAAGAUAAUGUUUCUUCGAGCUAUUGUGCUGACGAAAGUAACAAAUCAUUAUCUGACCAAGGCUCUUCUGACCAAGGGUCUUCUUCCAGAGCCUCGUCUUUGUCGUUACACAAUAGUGAUUACAAAUCUUCUAUCUCGUCUGGCACUGAAUCUGCCAGCAAUUCGCCAUUUAUGAACGGCAAGUUCCAGCCGGGCCAUCAAAUGAGACAUUCUUCUGGAUCGAGUGAAAUUAGUUACAUGAAGUCAUUAUCUGAUGAUAAUACCUUCGCUUACAAGACUUACAGUUCAUCUACACCCUCCUUGUUGUUAGGAAAGGAUCCUACGCUGUUCAGUAAGAGAGCUUCGAUUGGCUUCAUGAGAAGUUCCUUUGUGUUGAAGAAGGAAAUGGAAGAGUUUGGUUUGGCUAGACAAGACUCGUUGACCAAGACUCUCUCCGGUCUGGGAUCUACUCCAAACUUGGCUCACCUUCCUCAAAACUACAAUAGAAGGGCUGCUACUACCAUUUCAAUUCCAGAAAGCGAUGGUGACGAUGAAUUUGACAUGUUCAGAUCCUUUGGUCAAGCUCCUCCUAUUCAGACGAAGCCUAUAAUUCACAACAAGUAUGAGUCCAUGAACUUUACUGCCAUUGCUGAAAAGGCAAAGGCAAAGGCUCCAGUUCAACAAGCUCCACCUGCUGUUAAGGAAAAGAAGUCGUUCAAGAAGAGAAUUUCGUCGAUGUUCUCAUCCAAGUCUUCUGAUUCUACACCAUCAGUUCCUCCUAUUUCUGUUGCUGCCCCUAGUGUUUACACUAGUACCAGCUCCAAGAAGACUUCUAAGCGUUCUGGAUCCACCUAUGACUUGGCUUCGAUCAACACCAACUCCACCAAGGGUACCACAGUUUCUGGCUUCUCCUUCUUCAAGCAAAAGAAGAACGAUAGCAAGUAUAACGUGGUACACAGAACUACUCCAAGAAAGGGUAACAAGUACCAGGUUAAGGCUGCUGCUUACGACUUGGAUUUGUUCAAGUAAACAGCCCCAACCCUAGUGCCUGUACUAUAGACCGACUUUCCUAUGAAAGACAAAAACACUAGAAAACACGAUGAUACCCAGAUAGCCUGAUUGGUGCUGUCUCUUAUUUAAAGUUGUGAAAUAACUACGAAGCUGGCCGUUCCAAAAUUUUCCUUUAUUUUCUUUUCUUCUCUCGUUGCCGUUUUGAAUACUACUUGUUCUACUGGCUGGAACGUUUGGUGCUGUUCUACAGAGGUCUCGAAACAUGAGUCGGAGUCAAACAUCGUCUGAAAGACGUCAAUCGACUACCCCCCAUGUAAUGCAUUGGGUCAAACAAAAGGAUUGUUGCUAGACAUCGAUAAACUUAGACUUGUUUGAUGAUUCUGAAUGCAUGAUCACGAGUACCUGGUUCACAUAGCUCAGGCGGAUCCUACACCUGGCUGCAAAUAGCAUCUUUUGAUUUGUAUGAUCUGCACUUUGUUCCUUUAGCUGGAAUUUUUUUCAUAUCAGCUUCGUCUAUUUCCUUUGUGAAUGUAUAGUAGAUUAAUGAACAUUUGAAUU